CCAGGCUUCCCACUUCCGUGACUCAACUUUGACGCCGUCCUCAUGCUAUUGAAAACAUUAAAUCUCAUUUCCGGGUAGUUACUUUGGCCCUUUUCAGUUUUCUUUUUCGGGAGCCAUUUAGGUGUGGUCUUUGGUUACGAUCACUUGUCAUUGUUUUCCAUUACUUCAUCGCCCCCCACAGCUAAUUCACGACUCGAUCCAUCGGCAACACCACCGUUCAGUGUUCACCGAAACUCCCAGCUUGGUAGGCAUCCCCGACUUGGGUCAAUUAAAGUUGGGUACCUACCUGGGUACUAGUCUUUUUGCUUGUUUUCAGCCUGGUUGCCUAACUUCUUCAUCAUAGCCAUGGCAAGCGGCCCCGUUCUUCAGAUGCCUUUGCAUCUGCUGUCCAUCGUAUUAUCCCAACUGGACGCCAUGCCGUCGCUGGCAUCUGCCAUCUUUAGUCACUCUUCUUUCUACGCCGCCUUCGACGAGGACCGUGACAGGAUUGUCCGCUCCAUUCUUCGCAACCAGAUCCCCCACGAGAUCCGGCGUUAUGCUUUUCCGGCGUAUCUCGCAGCAACAACCGACUUGCGCCACCGAGGCAAGCGCGAGAUAAGGUUCCUCCUUUUAGACGAUAGCGUUGAAGACUACGAAUUCAGAAGGAGCAUGUUGUAUAGGGAAAUCACCGCCGUGUUCGACCAGUCAGGCCCUGCCAAUAUUGACCUCGCCAACAUGGUGAGCAGGACUCAUACCAUGAUCGAACAUUUCGCCCGAGAUUUUAUCCGGGACACCCUACCCCUCGGAGACAAGGAGCUCGGCCUCCAGCGCAAGGACAAAACGGCUGCCUCCAGUGAUGAGGUCUAUCGAAUCCACCGCGCGAUGUACCGCUAUGUGCGUUACUGCAACUUAUUUCGUCGCUCCUAUAACACUCGUUUGGCCGGCAAGCUGGGGUCAUCCAUAACUAUCUUCUUCUUCCAGAGGUUUGCCCCCUGGGUUAACGAGCAACUUGCCUGCGUCCAUGAUUAUUUUGAACGCGUCUUGUCCCGAGCAUUCGACGAAGUCGCUGCCCACGAUGUGGAAUGGGGUUGUAAGUCUAUAAGCUGGCGAACAGUAGCCGACCAGAAUCAACACAAACAGGGAUAUCUCUUGCGUGGGUUGAAAUUUCUCUACCAAUUGCAACAAGCGACGACGUACGGGGAGCGGCGUCAAAUUCUCGGUGAUUCAGUGCCGCGCACAAAAAAUAUGCUUGGGACGACCCUUGGGGGCUAUGGCUCGACUGUUUCGGGUUGGCCAGACUGGGAUUACUUCUGGGACCACAUUGACACCACGCUCCCGAACGGGGCGUAUUCCGUCAAUUAUGAGUGGAACUCGAACGGACCGGAUGUCUACGGGUCGGCCCCCUUCCGUAUAUGGCGGGCAUCUCACGAGGACUGCUGGCGCCAGGACGUCAUCGCCCAUGCGGACCACACCUGGCUCCGGCGCUGUGGCUACGUUUUCUGGGACUUUUCCGAGGCUACAGUUACCGAUGACCAGCUCAAGCUUAUCAUCUCUCGAGCGAGGCAAAAAGCGUGGCUCGACCGCUUUCGGCGCAACGAUGGCGAAUUGAAGCGUAAGAUGAAGCGUUCACGGAAGGAACGGGCCGAGAUUUACAAGCGGGGAGGUCGAGGGUAUUGGAGUGAAGGGGACUUGAGCCAGAUCGUUUGGACUGAAGGCGCACCGAGGUGAACUUCAACAUUUACGAUACCUGACGUGAUUAGGCAGUGAGCUGAUACCAUGAUUCUUUGUACCUAAUCAUGCCUCA